GCUCGUCUUUUGGAGUUAAAUGAAAAUUCAUCGAGCUGGUUUUGUGGUGGUGUCAGUAAAUACUUUUCCGAAUUAAUUAAUUUUGUAAAACUUCAAUUAUCUGCAUUACGGUGCGUUUUAAAGCAGUGAUUUGUUGGGAAAUUUGUAACAAACGUGUGAGUGUCCUGAGAUUUUCAUUUUAUUAGGCAGGGCAUCUGUAAAGGUGGUGAUAAAAAAUUUCGCUGAACAGAAAGCAGCGAAGAAAAGUGUGUUUUUCAUAUCUAUGUGUUGAACAAAGAAAAAAAUGUCUGGUUAUGCGAAUGCGAAUUACGGUCCUCCCCAAAUGGGACAGUCGAAUUUAGUUAAUGGUUUACCAGCAACACAACAGCUACCGACAGCAUCAGGUGCCGUGGGCACAGCACCUCCGCCAUUCUCAGCAUCUCAACAGCAACAUCAGCAGCAGCAACAAAUUUUACAGCAGAAACAACAACAUCAACAACAACAGCCGCAGCCGCAGCAAUUGGCCCAGCCUGCUCCAACACUGCAAAGUAACAUGAGUAAGUUUUUGCCACCAGCGUCUAAUUCUGGACCCCAAGCAGGUAAUGAACAAGCACGGCCCCAAACAGCAACUGCAACAGCGUUAACCAGCAGUUUACCACCACAUUUACGGCCACCUGGCAUGAACGGUUCACCAGGAGGUAUGCCUUUGACCAAUGGCGGUGGCGGCGGUAGCGGUGAUUUGAGCACGAAUUCUUCUCGCACAGCAUCACCUUCGCUGACACAACAACAACAUGCCCAGUACGGCGGAUAUGCAGCCAAGCCACCAAUGAGUUUUGCGCCUAGUGGAAAUAUGAUGCAAACUAAUCCGCAAAUUGCAACAGCCGGUGCUACUGGCUUGUCAGGCAGCAUGCAAAAUUUAAGUAUUAAUCGCACGAAUGGUACGGCGGCGACGAAUGUGACCACCACAGCGACAACGCAGCAGCAGCGACCACCGCCAAACCUGCCGCAACAGCAGCAGCAAUUUCCUAACAAUUACCAGGGCAAUUUCCGUACUAACGCCAUAAAUGCGCCCACUUCUCUGCCCGGGCAGCCGCCAGCAUCCCAAGCAAAUGCUCUGCCGCCGCCGCUUACGUCCGCACCUUAUGCUGGAACAAAGUCGUUUCAAUCCCCAACACCUUUAACGAAUACAUCCUUCAGCCAAACAGCGCCAACGCAAACUGUUAAUGCUGUAGCUAGUGCACAACCAUCACCGCCGCCAGCGUUAGCUGCUUCCACCAGUAACGCGAGCAUGUUUGGCACUUCGCGUUCGUAUCCCAUCGUGGCAAAUGCUCCACCAGGUGUGCAACAAAUGCCACCACAACCGUCUACAUUUUCGAAUGCAAAUUAUAAACCUGGCUCUGCAGUUAGUGCAAUGCAAUCGGCUUUGCCACCUAGCAGUAUUGCAACCGCUGUUCAACAACAGCAGAAUCAGUUGAACAACAAUACACAACAACAAAUGUCUGUGCAACGCAAACCUAUGUAUCCAACUGGACCGCCACCAAUGCUGGCGAAUACCCAACAACAACAGCAGCAGCAGCAACUACCGCAACAACCAUAUGCGCAAGCAUAUCAACAACAAACACAACCAGGUCUUUUCAAUGGUCAACCUAGCACUGCUCCACUGCAAUACCAAUCUCAGCCGUAUAUGCAGCAACAGCCUCAAAUGCAGACCCAGCAAUUCCCUCAGCAACAAAACUUUCCUCUGCCCAGUGGUGGUGCAUACAAUCAACAAAUGAGCGUGACUCAGGCAGGUUUCAGUCGACUUUGGGGUCAGGAUACUAUUGAUUUAAUGCAAAAUCGUCACAUAUUGACGCCAGCCACUUUGUCACCUCCCCGUAUUGUGCUCAACAAUCAAUUUCACGAAUCGAUUAACUGCAGCCCCAACAUAAUGCGCAGUACUAUCGCGAAAAUACCAGAAAACAAUUCUUUGUUGCAGAAAUCCCGUUUGCCAUUGGGCAUUUUAAUACAUCCAUUCCGUGAUAUUAAUAGUUUACCAGUUAUACAAUGUCCUAAUAUUGUGCGCUGCCGUCUGUGCCGCACUUACAUAAAUCCUUUUGUCUAUUUUGUGGACAGUAAAAUGUGGAAGUGCAAUCUUUGUUACCGGGUCAACGAAUUGCCUGAUGAUUUUCAAUAUGACCCAGCAACAAAAACGUACGGUGAUGUCACUCGUCGUCCCGAGGUCCGUUCAAGCACCAUUGAAUUUAUUGCGCCUUCUGAGUAUAUGUUGCGACCCCCACAACCCGCCAUCUAUUUGUUCCUCUUCGAUGUUUCCAUCAUUGCUCAGCAGAGCGGUUAUCUUGAGAGUGUUUGUGCAACACUAAGUAAACAUUUAGAUGACAUGCCAGGUGAUGCACGCACACAGAUCGGUUUUAUUGCAUACAACAGUCAAGUGCAUUUCUACAGCUUGGCAGAAGGUUAUAACCAGCCACACGAGCUGACGUUGAUCGAUAUUGACGAUCCGUUUUUGCCACGACCUGACAAUCUGCUGGUGAACUUGAAGGAGUGUAAAGAGCUGGUGAAAGAUUUACUAACCCAACUGCCGAAGCGCUUUGCCGAUACACACGAUCCGGGCUCAGCGCUUGGCGCUGCUUUACAGGUGGCUUACAAGUUGAUGCAAGCUUCAGGUGGUCGCAUUACUGUUUUCCAAACGUGCCUUCCCAACACCGGACCUGGUUCGCUGGAGCCGCGCGAAGAUCCCAACAAUCGAUCUGCUAAAGAUGUGGCGCAUUUAAACCCGGCAACGGACUUCUACAAGCGUUAUGCUUUGGAAUGCUCUGGCUACCAAAUUGCUGUGGAUUUGUUUUUACUGAAUCAGCAGUACAGCGAUAUUGCAACGAUAUCGGGCAUUAGCAAACAUAGUGGCGGUUGUGUGCAUCACUUUCCCCUCUAUCAGAAAACAAAGCCGCAAUUGGUGGAUUCAUUCAAGCAGUGUUUCAAACGCUAUCUGGUGCGUAAAAUCGGCUUUGAGGCGGUUAUGCGCAUUCGCUGUACGCGCGGUCUGCAGGUGCACACAUUCCAUGGCAAUUUCUUUGUACGCUCGACUGAUUUGCUUUCGUUGCCAAAUGUGAAUCCAGAUGCAGGCUAUGGCAUGCAGAUUUCAUACGAUGAAUCCUUGAGUGAAGCGAAAACGGUUUGCUUCCAAGCGGCACUGCUGUAUACAAAUAGCGAGGGAGAACGUCGCAUACGUGUCCAUACAAUGUGCCUACCCGUGACUGCCUCACUGCCCGAAGUCAUGCAUGCUGCCGAUACAGAAGCCAUAAUUGGUUUACUGUCGAAAAUGGCUGUCGACCGGUCGCUGUCGUCGAAUAUCGCCGAUGCGCGUGAAGCUUUUAUCAAUGCAACUGUAGAUAUUUUCAAUGCAUUUAAAAUUGCACAAAAUCUACCAUCCGGACAAAGUGGACAAUUGAUUGCGCCACGCAGCUUAGCAUUGAUGCCAUUAUAUAUAUCGGCGCUAUUAAAACAUUCGGCUUUCCGUGUAGGCACAAGCACUCGCCUCGAUGACCGCGUGUUUGCGAUGGACUGCAUGAAAACAUUGCCAUUAGAUCAGUUAAUGAAGUUUAUUUAUCCAGAGUUUUAUCUAAUCGAUGCAUUGUUUUAUCCAACUGCAAGCCAAAAUGGGAAUGCGAACGCGCUGGAAGAUGAGGAAGAAGACGAUUUGCCGGAAGUGCCACGCUUGCAGCUAUCAGCGGAAUUCUUGGAUUCGCGUUCAAUAUUUUUGCUUGACUGUGGUAAUUUCAUAAUCAUCUAUGUGGGUAUUAACGUGCCCGUGAAUGUGUUGGAAGGUGCCCUUGGUGUCAAAUCGACUGCAGAAUUACCUGACUAUAUGUACGGUUUGCCAACAGUGAAUAGUCCGGAAAAUGAUGCAUUAAAACGCUUUAUAUUGCGUUUGAACGAUGAUAAACCGUAUCCUCCGAUAGUGCAGAUCAUAAGGGAUACAAGUACAGCCAAGCCACAGUUUAUGGAGAAGUUGGUUGAUGAUCGAAGUGAAUCUAGUUUAUCGUAUUAUGAAUUUUUGCAACAUAUACGGACUCAGGUUAAAUAGUAUUUUAUAAGAGGAAAUUAAACGGAUUAAUUGAUUAUAAUAUACAAUAAUUUAAAGGAAAUUAGCGAAAAAAGGUAAAAAAUUAUAAAACAAAGGAUUUAAUAUAUUAUAUGUAAAAUCGUAUGAAUGUAAUAAUUUACUUCUUAUACAAAAACAAUAAAUUCGCUAAUCAAUUAAGUAUGACCUAUUACCUGUGUGGUGGAUUGAUAUACGAAAAGGAGUUUACAAAUAUAAUUACGAAUAUAAACUGCAAGAAAAUAUGAAAAGAAGAAAAAGUUUAGAUUAUAAAAUGCAAAAAAUAAAAAUUAUAUAUACAUACACACCUACAUAUAUAUAGUAUAUACACAUGUAUGUGUAUCUACUAAGAAUGCGAAGCAGUACGAAAGAAAUAAAUAUAGUUCUUAAGCGAAUAAAACAGUAAACAGCGGCUUUGAAUAGCGUAUUUGGGGCAAUUAACAGUAAUAAAUAAAAAAUUUGAAUAUUAGGAAGUUUCCAAUUUGUAGCCACACAACUGAUUAGGACACCUCUGUUGUAAAAUGGGGUUUUUAAAACACAUACAUACAUACAUAUGAAUUAAAUGCGUGUUAAACACACAGACUUACCGCCAUAGGACAUUAAAUAGAACAGAGAAAAAUAUAAAUAAUUAAAUUGUUGCGUAUCUAAGAAGAGAUGAACAGCUGCACUCCUUGCUUAAAAUAUUAAUUAAUCAUCCUUCUGUUGCGAUUUCCUAUACGAAAUUCGUAAAGCUUCAAUUCAAAUCAUGUAAAGUAGCGAGCGAAUAGAGCGCGAAAAAGUCUCAUAUACACACACACUAUAGUACAUGACAGUGUGUGACGCAUUUGAAUGAUGGAUGUGAAUGAAUCGAUUGCGGCGUAAAUAAACCGGGCAAUAUUAAUAUUGAAAUAAUAAAAUGUAAUGCACUCGAGCGAUCUGUAUGUGUACGACGAUGUUUGGCUUGAAGCGCAAGUAUAUUUAACAAUGCGACACGAUUAUUGAUGUGUGUACAGAGGCGGGAAAGAGUUCGUCAUAAUUAAUUACCAUAUACAUAUUUACAUAAUAAUAUGAAUGAAUAUACAGAAACAUAAUUACAUUUCAAAUUCCAAAUAUUAUAUUUUCCCAAUAUUUUUAGUACAAUAAUGGCUAAAACUGUAACUAAUUACUUUUCGAACUUGUCUUUCUUACUUAUUUUAUGUUAGUUUUUAUAGAAUUUGUUUUGAUUUUUAUUAAAAUUAAAAUUUGUAGAGUUCUUUGUGUUUGUCAGGGCUGAAAAAAAAAGUUAUGCAUUAAUUUAAUUAAUAUUUGUUUGGAACUUAGUAAUGCAAAAUAUUUUUUGUCAUAUAUAUAGAUGAAUUUAAUAAUUUAGUAAUAUAAUUAGGAGUUGUUACGUGGCCUAAUUAUUACAACGACUAUUGUAAAUUGUUGAAAUCUGUUACACAACAACACGAAACUUAUUUAAUGUUUAAAAAUGUAGCAUUACUUUGAAUAAUAAAUUAUACUGGUUUAUUGGACUUUUAAUUUUAAAUUAUUAUAAGCAGUGCAACUUUUAACUUUUGCGUUUCUAAAUUUGGUUUUCAUUCGAUAAGGCAACAGUCAUUUUUUAAGUUCUAAAAUUAGUCCAAUUAAAGAGGGGGCAUCCCGUGGAGAAAUUAGAGUGCAUAUCUGUGACUUUGACUUAGCAAUAUGGUUCUUAGAAACAAAUACCGAUUCUUCGUAGAAAAAUAAAUAUUUUUUUUAACUUUUCUUAAGUAGUAUUCUAAAAUUACAGCCAUUAUCUGCUUCACAGGCAAAAAGUGCUUAUGUUGUAUUAACAAACGCUCACAGAUAUGUAUGUAUGGAUAUGUGCAAAUGCCUUUUAUAAAAACACUUCAAAAUCAACAAAUAUCGCUCAUUUGCUGCAAGUGUGCCAUAAUCCAAGAAACUAAGGUUAGGUUAUCUAACCAAAAACUAAAAUUUCGCGAAAAGCGGCUUCGAAGUUUUCAAUUUACUAAUUAAGUAAAAGUAAAUGCACAUUUUUAUCUAAUGAGAUACUGUAUUGAUAGCGCCAUGAAGUUUUUACACGGCAUAAAUUCUUCAUCAUUUCUUAUCAAUUGCUUAUCUAUUUUUUUUUUUGUUGGAAUAUGCAACUUCAGCAAACAAGCGAUAUGUGUUGAACAUGCCAUGUUCCGUAGCAGAUACUUUGUUUGGACUAUUAAUACCUGUUUGAUAAUUCGUGCUAAACCAUUUUCUAGUUUACUUCAAUCAAAGGAAUUGUAAACUUAACUCGAAAAAAAAAGAAAUUGCAAUUCUUAUAUGAAAAAGAUGACUCAAUGCAAAGUUAUGAACCUUGAAAAUGUAGGUACAUAAAUUCAUACAUAUAAUUAUAAUUAUGUGCUCUUACCGUAAACAUUUUUUAAAAUUACUUAAGAGAUAAUUAAAUAUUUCACUACUAUAAUUUGGCAAUUUCGUAAACAAAAAUUGUAUAUACUGGUAUUUAAAAAUUUUCUGAUCUGCUGAUACUUUUUAAAUUAUAUGCGUAACAGCGUAUAUGGCACGCGUGUUAGUGGAAUUUAGACAUACUAUUAUUUUCUUGUUUUGUUUUUAAUAGAUCUAUGCAAUUAUAAAUAAACAUAUAAAUAAUAAAAUAUGCUAUACAAUAAUGUAAUUGUAACUAUUGUGAAUAAAAAUAUAAUUUUUAAUAAACUAAA